UCGAGAAGCCCACGUGACCCGGAAGCGCUCGCCUGCCGGCGCACGACCGGCGUCUAGGUUGCUCCGUGACUACCGCGCGCCCGCGCUCGCUCCCGGCUCCGGUGCCGCGCUGUGCGGCCGCGCGCUUUGGUCGGCGGCCAUGUGUUCGCUGGAGGCGGGGAACGGCCAAGGCGCCGAGCUGGGGCCGGAGCCCCCGGAGCUGUCGGACAGCGGAGACGACGCCGGCUGGGAGGACGAGGACGCCGAGCCCGCGCACGGCCGGCAGCACACGCCCUGCCUGUUCUGUGACAGGUUGUUUGCAUCCGCUGAGGAAACAUUUUCACACUGUAAGUUGGAGCAUCAAUUUAAUAUUGAUAGUAUGGUCCAUAAACAUGGACUUGAAUUUUAUGGAUACAUUAAACUAAUAAAUUUUAUUAGACUUAAGAAUCCUACGGUUGAGUAUAUGAAUUCCAUAUACAACCCUGUGCCUUGGGAGAAAGAUGAGUACCUGAAGCCAGUAUUGGAAGAUGACCUUUUGCUUCAGUUUGAUGUAGAAGAUCUUUAUGAGCCAGUGUCGACUCCCUUCUCAUACCCCAAUGGACUCAGUGAAAGUACAUCCAUUGUGGAGAAAUUGAAGCACAUGGAGGCACGGGCGCUGUCUGCUGAGGCUGCAUUGGCUCGGGCGCGCGAGGAUCUGCAGAAGAUGAAACAAUUUGCUCAGGACUUUGUGAUGAACGUAGAUGUCAGAACCUGCUCCUCCACGACUGCCAUUGCAGACCUGCAGGAAGAUGAGGAUGGUGUCUACUUCAGCUCCUAUGGGCAUUAUGGGAUACAUGAAGAAAUGCUAAAGGACAAAGUCCGCACAGAAAGCUACAGAGAUUUCAUAUACCGAAAUCCACACAUCUUCAAAGAUAAGGUUGUUCUGGACGUUGGGUGUGGAACUGGAAUUCUCUCCAUGUUUGCUGCCAAAGCUGGGGCAAAGAAAGUGAUUGCAGUUGAUCAGUCUGAAAUCCUCUACCAGGCUAUGGAUAUUAUAAGACUAAAUAAACUUGAAGAUACCAUUAUACUAAUCAAAGGAAAGAUUGAAGAAGUGAGUCUUCCUGUAGAAAAGGUGGAUGUUAUUAUAUCAGAGUGGAUGGGCUAUUUUCUUCUUUUCGAGUCGAUGUUGGAUUCUGUCCUUUAUGCAAAGAGCAAAUACUUGGCAAAAGGAGGAUCAGUCUACCCUGACAUUUGCACCAUCAGCCUAGUGGCCGUGAGUGAUGUGAGCAAGCAUGCUGAUAGAAUUGCCUUCUGGGAUGACGUCUAUGGCUUCAACAUGUCCUGCAUGAAGAGGGCGGUUAUUCCAGAAGCUGUUGUGGAAGUUGUAGAUCACCAGACUCUUAUUUCAGACCCUUGUGGUAUCAAGCAUAUAGAUUGCCACACUACAUCUAUCUCAGACUUGGAGUUUUCUUCAGAUUUUACCCUGAGAAUCACAAAGACAGCCAUGUGCACGUUUUACAAGAGGUCCAAGAACAACUGUAGAAGUUGACUUUCCUUCCACCAUGAGGUUUCUGGGGAUUGGAGUCAAGUCAUCAGGCUUGAUGAAAAGUACCUUUGCCCUCUGAGCUACCUCAUCAUCCCAAAGAGGUCUGUUUCUAUAAACUCAGCAACCUUUUCGGCCACAGAAGUUGCAUAGGUCACAGCAGAAGUGCGUUCAUAUGCGUGUGUAAGAAUAUUUAUUCCAGCCUUCUUGUUGCCCCAAACUGCAGAGAAUCCAAGCACUUAACAGAGCAAACAGGGUAUUUAAAUGUGGUAUUUAACAUUAACAGGUAUUUAACAGGGUAAAUCAAUGUGAUGAGAACAUAGCAAUGAAGAAAGCAUGUGUGGCCACAAUAUGCAUGAGUCUCGGGAGUGUAAAGUUCACCCCAGAACAAAGGGAACACAGAGGAGAAAGUUUCAUUGUAUGAAUUUUAGGUUAAAUUAACAUGAUUUUUAAGACCAGGGGAUGUGGUGGAAGGGGAAGGGGAGCGAAGUUCCCAGUCAGGGAGUGGGUCAUUUGAUCAGUGCAUGCUGUAUGCAUAUACAGAAGUAGCUUCUGCUCGACCCCAUUGGUAUGAACAGGUAACAUGUUCAUCUUUAGGAAGGAAGUCUAGCUUGGCUGGAACAUGUAGACCGUAGCAUUUGCAGAGGUGGAGAGCCUUCCCGAUCAUCUGCUGCCCUGUGCUUCCCUCUUAACACAAUGAGAAGUGAGUAAGAUGCUCUGUCAGCCCAGUGAUGUGGUGAUAGCGGCACUUGGAAAAGAGCUUUGCUGGAUAGAGAGCUAAAUGGACCAGAGUGGGUGCAGGCGCCUGGUGGGUAGGCUAGCCCAGUAUAGCCAAGAAAUGACCAUGAUUGACGUGAGCGCUUUAGAAAGGAGGUGAUGGGAAAGUGAACACAGAUGGGAACUAACUAGAGAUGAAACCAAGAGAAUGAAAUCAGUAGAGGGGAUGAGAGAGGGUGACAUAAACCCACAGGACCGGAAGUCAUAAAGUCACAGAGACGGAUCCUUGGGUGAAGUGUGAAGUACUGCAGCACUGAGACAACGGAGACAUAGACUGAGGCAGGGAUCCAGUGCUCAGCUGCUGAUAGUGCCCUUUGCCUGCGUAAGUGCUCUUGGGUGGCCUGCCAAGUAGGGCUUGCAUCUCUUCUGGUCCCAAUAACCAUUUUGCGUCACGACAUUUUGAAA